ACAUAGUGUUUCAUUAGAUUGGCCCACGUAAUCGCUUCAAACUGAUUCCACUUUCGACUUAAUUAUAAAUGCGCACGUUCCAUCGCGUGAGAAAAAAAUUCAAAUAUGAAUUGUCGUAAUUAUUAGAAAUAUUUUUCAUGCCGGAAACAUAAUUCAUCGCAUUUUCAUGUGUUUCUGAUGUGUUGGUAUAUAUCACCAUUGAAAACAAGUGUCAAUUGAAUUAUAUCUGCUAAUCAAUAUCAAAAAGAUAAUGUGAGUUUUGUGAUAACUGCCUGACGGAUCUAUUUGGGAACGAAUUUUCCAUCACAGGUAUAGAUUUUAUCGUGGAAUGGAGAUAAACUAGUCCGAGACUGAUGAUAUCUUGUACAAUCGUGUAAAAGUACGAGAGGGGUUUUCAGCUCUCGUAACGAGCACGAAGAAUCUCUUCACGAAAUGAGCGAUAUUUAUGGCCAGACACCACCCAGAACCCGUUACAUCAGGCGGAAACGAGAAAAGAAACAAAGAACAUCGUCGAGCGAGGGAAAAUUCUCAUCCUCAAAAGACACCCGUCCGAAAACUUGUUUAUCCAGAAGAAACACCCUCGAUACAAUAAUAUUUAAUAAAAUGUGUGAUCGAGCUGACCUCGACAGAGACAAUGAGAAUCGAGAAGAAGCAGCAAAAGACGGUGGAAGAAAAUGCAAAAGGAUUUUGAAGCUGAUGAGGGGAAGCGAGAGGGAUUUGAAACUGGAUGUGGAAGCAGCUUCGCACUAUGCCUCAGAAAAAUCUUUGGAAAAACGGCCAGCGACAACUCCUAAUAACAUGAAGAUCGAGACCAGAAAUAGAUUCAGGUGUCUUAGCUCCAAACUGGUCGGAAUUGGAGACAGAAAAAACGAAACAACGGAGAUCGCGACUCUCGGAAUAUCGAAUGAAGUGGACAAAUUAAACGAAUCACCAAGGUCCUUGAAUAUAAAAGACAGAGAAAUUUUUCAUGAUACUUUCUCGUUUCUUAUACGAUUGGGUGGUAAUGAGAAAGAUCGGAAUUGCCGUCGUCAAAUGAGCAGUGAAGAAACUCGUUGGCAAAAUGAGCUCAAAGACCUGAUAUGGCUUGAACUUCAGGCUUAUCACGCUGAUCGUAGUCCGGUUGCCCAGGACAGCUAUCUUUGCAAACAGCGCGAAGCUGUGGGAGCACUGCUCACAGAAAUAAUGGAGUAUAAAUACGAUCCAACGACGAGUCUCGUGGAUCGUAAUUUAUAUUCGUCCAUUUCCCACGACAGUGGUUUCGACACAACACCGAGUCCAGGAAUCGAGAUCCUCUGUCCCGGAUGUUUGUCCAUGCAUUGUAGAGCUUGCGCUCGUUCACAAUUAUGUGCAAUGAAACAAGUUGAAAAUUUACUAUCGCGUCUCGAAGCUGCUGAGGCUCUUUAUCCCUCGUCCCAAGCAUUUGCGAACUAUUACCCAAUGUACAAGAGUUCUGAAUUCACUGACAGAGUUAAAGCAAUGUGUCUUUGGUACAACAUGACCAAACAUCACAGAUUGAAGCUAAUGAUACUUGGAAAAUUGCUCAUGAUGCUUGACACUACGAAGAGUCAUUACGACCACUCGGACUCUGGCAUAAGUUCGAGAGCAUCAGACUCAAAUGACGUUCAAGAUGCACGCUGUAGUGCAGUGACUUUUCAAUUGAUGGAUAUGGAUCAAGCACAAAGUACAACACCGACCGACAGUAAUAACAGCAAUGCCUCUUCGGGCGGUGGCUUUACUUACUCCCACAGCCCUUCGACUCCUGAAUCUUUGUUUGCUUAUCCCGAGGAUGACAGACUCGAUUUUUAUCUGUUGAAAUUUGACCGGCAGGCCUACAGAAAGUACAUAGAAGACGUAUUGAAAACAAGAGGACUAGGGAAGAGCCUUAAUUUCCUCGAGCGACUUCAUACCUCAGUUUUGAGAAAAGCUCGAUUGGCUUUGGAAAAAUGCGAUAGGGCUGAAGAUGAUACAUCGGCGAGUGAAGAGUACGAGGGUGAUCGAGAACUCAGACGGUAUGGAGCUUGGAGUCCUGAAGCAAGGGCCUUGAAUCUUCCUUCUUACAGAUCUGCUUUCGUUUUUUUGUCUCGUGUGCCCCUCGAAGUUGUACACGAAUUUUUGCGCAUGAGACUCGAGCAAAAACCUGAACAACCAGGAGCUCUCUCGGUUCGACAAUUGAUGCGAGAGAUGCGCGAAGGCUUAAGAAUCGCUUGCAUUCAUCGAGACAGAUUCGAAGCCCAUUCAAGAACCGCAUUAGCCUGUGAUACGAUUUCUGAAGAUUCACAAUCCAUCGAGAACAUCGAGGGAUUCGACAACAGCUUGAAAUCUGUUUGUGAAGUUUAUCUCGAUUAUUUGCAUCAGUGGGUCGAGAUGGUCGAGUACAAUAGUUUCCAUAAAAAUCUCAUAGACGAUGAGUGGACUUUCGUGAAAUCCAUCGCCGGAAAUAUCGCAGGUGGUUACAGAAUCGGUAGUAUCAAAUUUUGUGAAAUUGCCUGCGCUAUGAUAGAGCAAGUUCAAGAUUUUCUCUUGACGCGUCCUCAAGAGAUAUGUGAAUCGACCGAAGUGAAGGAAGAAGACGGAACAUCCACGCGUUUUCAUCUCAUGUACGUUAGUCGUGAAUGGCAGGGGAUGUUCGUCGAGGCACGCGAAAAAGUCGUCAAGUGUGUUUGUCUGGCAAAAUCAUUGAGAAGGGAUAUUGAAACAUUUCCUCUGGAACAAAAUGAGAUCGACGAAGCGAUAAGUUCAUUAACGAAAUCGAUUUUGAGCCUCGGUUCGCGUAUACGUGAUUUGAUUGAAAAAUUUCAAGCGACCGUUGAUCAGGCAGAUGAACCAAGAAAUGAAUGCGAUCGUGCAGCAUUGAAAACUCGAAUCAGAGAGAUUUUACAUCAAGCUUAUCGAAUGGGCUUUGACUAUUACAAAAUAGCGUGUAAAUUUUUUGUGCCUGAAGAGCGUGGAUUGUUGAUUAAGGGUUUAGUGAGUUUCGCUACACUGUGGAUGGAAUUUGUGAAAACGAAGUGUGAGCGAGGAAGGGGACUGAGACCCAGAUGGGCUAAUCAUGGUUUGGAAUAUCUCAUGAUCGUUUGCGAACCUUUGAACACAAAACAUCUCAGUGACAAGGAAUUCGAGGAGCUCAAAGCUUCGAUGGAUCGUUGUAUAUCACACGUAGUGGGUACAGCCACAACUCCAAAUUCCUCGAUGGAUCUGGAGGGCACGAAGAGAUUACCGAAAUCCCGGGUUGUUUCACCUUCGAGACACGCCAGAGGAUCGAAUUUUAGCGUCACCCCAAAAUCGCGAGAAGCUUCAAAGGCCCAGGAAUCUCCAUUGACUCAGACGAAAUCACGAUCGCCCAGUGUCGUCGAUGGUAAUAACGUCGCAACGUUGAUGGUACCCGAGAAAAACAGUGGUUUUUUCAAACGCGAGAAAUUUGCUGUUGCCGUACAAAAAUUAGAUCUUGAAAUCGACGACAAACGAAGAGAACACGAACUUAUCGGUCGAGUCAUCGAUCGGAGCGACGUCGACACUAUCCGCAUUAAAGUUCGUCGAGUUACUUUUACAUGGCAGCGUGGUAUCAAGGUUGGGCAAGGCAGAUUCGGCAAAGUUUACACCGUUGUUAAUAAUCAAACUGGCGAACUGUUGGCCAUGAAAGAAGUUCAACUUCAACCUGGCGAUCAUAGAGCGAUCAGACGCGUUGCCGAAGAACUACAAAUUUUCGAAGGCAUUAAAGACAAACAUUUGGUUCGGUAUUACGGAAUGGAAAUUCAUCGAGAAGAAAUGUUGAUAUUCAUGGAAUUCUGUGCCGAAGGAACUCUGGAGAGUCUCGUUGCCGGAAGUGAGAACGGGCUGCCCGAGCUUUGUUAUAGAAAAUAUACAAAUCAGUUAUUAUCGGCAGUCGCAGUUUUGCAUUCUCAUGGGAUCGUACAUCGCGACAUAAAAUCCGCCAAUAUAUUUUUGACCGAUCAGGGGAAUUGUUUGAAACUCGGUGAUUUUGGUUCUGCAGUCCAAAUAAGAGCUCACACAACGAUGCCGGGUGAAUUGCAAGGAUUCGUCGGAACACAAGCAUACAUGGCACCCGAGGUAUUCAUGAAGACCGAAAGUGGAGGUCACGGACGUGCAGCCGACAUUUGGUCAGUCGGUUGUUGCGUCAUUGAAAUGGCAAGCGGCCGAAGACCAUGGGCGGAAUUCGAUUCCAAUUAUCAAAUAAUGUUCAAGGUUGGAAUGGGCGAGAGUCCAGCUCCACCGAAGAAUUUUUCUCAGGAAGGCCUCGAUUUUAUUGAAAAAUGUCUACAGCAUGACCCCAGAAGAAGGCCAACCGCAAACUCUUUGUUGCCCCAUCCGUUUGCAAAGAUUUAUGAAGACGUUAAUUCCGACCUUCUUCGUGGUUUGAUCAUUUAAUGUUAAUUCAUUCGCAAAUUAAUUAAGUAAUUUUAUGUUUUAACCUAAUGACGUUUGAUCCCACACGAUUCAGUUAUUUGUAGUUCAUCGUUCGAAUCUCACGUGCCAAUCAACGUGCAGGGAAACAUUUGAUUUGACAUAAAAACUCACGAUAGCCUCGCACCUAAAAAAAAUCAAAUUACGAAUCAAAAUUCAGCAUAGUGGUAAAGCAAACGUGUGCAAAUUUCGCACUGAAAAGACUGACGAUUAUUUCGUGAUCAGAAAUCAAAGCAUGCUUGAUAGAAUGAUUUUUUUAAUUCCUCCUCCGAAGUACAAUUUAACAAGUUUUUUCUUCGAGUAUUAUCAUGUCUAUGAGUCGUAAAUGGACAAACGAAAAAAGAGCCGCCAGAACGCGCGAUUAAUCGACAUAAUAAAUUGAAUUGAAAAUCGUCGGAUUUUUGUACAAACUCAAAUUCCGCAUCAAGAAUUGAGUACUUCAUUUUUUGUAUUAAACUUUUGCAGAUACCGUUAAAAGCCAAAAUGACUAAAAAUUUAGUAAAAAAAUCAUUAAACGACGUUCCGCAAAAUAUAUGAUCUUAUUUUCGCAUGAAAUUUUGAAAAUGAUUCGACAAACGUGAGAAAUUGGAGGUUCGUGGCAAAAUUAUCUACAAAAACAUCGAAUGAUCUAACAGAGUAUUGAAAAAAUUGUCAAAUUCAUUUGCAAGCUAUAAACAAAUGGGAUGUACUAAAAAUUGUGAGCCCGUUAUUACAUUGUAUAUGUUUGUGUCUUGUACUUAGUUUCGUCAUUUACGUAUUUCCGUUGUACUUCGUUAUUCCGCGUAUUUUAAGAAGCCCUUUGAAAAACAUCCCAGUUGCUUACUCCGCAUGAAGUCUCAUGAAAAAAUUAUUUUUAAAAUGUUACCUUCAAAGAACUAAAAAGAAAUGAAAAAAUGCAUUUAUUGUUUAUAACGAAAAUAUAGUCGUCCGCAAACGGCGUGUAAAUAUGUAUUGUAAAUUAUUUUUAAUGUUGUAGUAUUGUGAAAAAAUCUAUUUAUUGAAUAAAAGGAAUGUGAAGAAGAAAA